UCCUUCUUCCUUGUUCAUUUCUGCUUGUUUCCUAUCAUGUCAAGGGAGUCAUUAAGAUAGGAACCGUCAACUACCCCAUAGACAUAUUCUCAUUACAAAAUCCCUCCAAUGGCAGCAAUGUCGUCUUUCUCAUUUAAAUUUGCUUUGCCACCAACUGGAAAAGUAGGCUGGGCCAGAAGGAAAUAGACCAGUCUUGCUCCAAUUAUUAUCGAAUAAUGCAUGCUGCUCUUCCUUAGGUUUCCAAAGACUGACAAACUCUUUUUCUUUCAACCUUUUGGACAAUAUAUAUACUAACAAUUCCCCAACGACCUUAGAAUUAAAGCUCAUCUGAAGCUUUUACUUCUUUUUGCUUGUUGCUUGUCCAUCAACUUUCUUCCUUUUCAUUUAUGAAGUGUGUGUAAUCCUAGGCUGCAGACUGCCCUGAAGCUGUACCUCCUUCAAUCAACUGGCUGCCAAGGCAAGCAGCUGUUUGAAUACUCCAAAAGGAUAUGGAUGACAGUAUGGAGGAGAGGUUUCUUGCACAAAAAGAAGAAGACACGACUGAUCAUGAUGAUCUGAAAAGAAGACUUUGGAUUGAAUCGAAGACUAUAUGGAGAAUCGCAUUCCCAUCCAUAUUGUCAAGGGUAACUUCAUUUGGAAUGAUUAUUGUGACACAGUCAUUUAUUGGACACAUUAGCGAGGUAGAGCUUGCCACAUAUGCACUCGUACAAAGCAUUCUAAUCAGGUUCAUGUAUGGGAUUGUGAUUGGUAUGUCGAGUGCAACCGAGACUCUGUGUGGGCAAGCAUUUGGAGCGGGGCAUCACCACAUGAUGGGAAUUUACCUGCAACGAUCAUGGAUUGUCGACGGUAUCACAGCAACAAUAUUGGCACCUCUCUUCAUAUUCGCGACGCCAAUCCUUAGACUUCUUGGCCAGGAGGAGGAACUAGCAGUUGCAGCCGGGCCAAUCGCUCUAUGGUUUAUUCCGAUGAUCUACAGUUUUGUGAUGUCUUUGACUAUCUCGAUGUUCUUACAAGCACAACUCAAGAAUUUGAUCGUGGGAUGGGUAUCGACUGCAGCAUUCGUGUUUCAUGUGUUAUUGUCAUGGAUGUUUGUGAACAAAUUUAACUGGGGAGUUAAUGGGGCAAUGGCUGCAAUGAUUAUAUCUGGUUGGACAUCCGUUGUAGGGCAGGUGGUGUAUGUCUUUGGAGGUUGGUGCCCUAAUACAUGGAAAGGAUUCUCUAAAGCUGCUUUCUGUGAUCUAUUGCCUGUAGUCAAGCUCUCAAUAUCCUCCGGAGUCAUGAUUUGCUUGGAAUUGUGGUACUAUUCCAUUCUCGUAUUAGUGGCUGGAUACAUGAAAAAUGCAACCAUUGCCAUAGAUGCUUUCUCCAUCUGCCUCAAUAUCAAUGGAUGGGAAUUUAUGGUCUGCCUCGGCUUCCUAGUUGCAGCAAGCGUGCGCGUCUCGAAUGAAUUGGGGAAAGGAAAUGCUAAGGCGGUGAAGUUCGCCAUAAAAACCAUCCUCGGCACUUCAACAUGCAUUGGUGUUGUCUUGUGGAUACUAUGCCUAGUUUUCCGAAAUCAAAUUUCAUAUUUGUUUUCCAGUAAUGAAGAAGUUGCAGAAGCUGUGUCAAGCCUCUCAAUUCUUUUCGCUUUCUCAAUUUUACUCAAUAGCGUUCAGCCAGUUCUCUCAGGUAUAGCCACAGGAGCUGGUUUACAAAGCAUGGUGGCAUAUGUGAACUUGGGAUCCUAUUAUGUAAUAGGAAUACCUAUAGGAAUUUUGCUUGGAUACGUUGCUCAUCUUCAAGUUAAGGGACUAUGGAUUGGAUUGCUGAGUGGAGUGGCAAUGCAAACGUUUAUUCUGGCUUGGAUUGUAUGGAAAACAGACUGGGAUGAGCAGGUAAGGAAGGCAUCUGAACGUCUCAACCGGUGGCUCUUGAAACCGCCAGAGGAAGAUAAUGGGAGUCCACCUCAUGCUUAAAAGCUAAAUCAAAUGAAUGAUUCUGUUUGUAAUACUACUUGAUAUUUCUUUUGGCUGAGAAAAGAAAAACAGAAACGUAAAAAGUAAGGAUAUCUCUAUAGACUAUAUAUAGCACCUUAUUAUGAUAUAUAGGAAUCAAAUCAUAAGC